AUGCAAGCCGCUUGUACCAGUAGAAGUGUUGCGGUACUUGGGAAACUGGCCUCCAAAGGCGUUGGUGUGCUUCUAUUGUUGGCAAUUUUUAGACGGUGGAGGAAGUCACAGCGUGCCGAUUCCAUAAAAAAACAUUUUCAACAAGAGAAUGAAGUGAAGGAUACAGGGUGCAUGACAUCCGCUCUUUCUUACUUGCCGAUUUAUAUUAACACUGACAAACUACCUGAAAAUAUGUUGGUUGGUGCUCCGCUAUUUUAUCCACCGCAGAUGGCUGUUCUCCCUUUGUCGUGGACGGAUGCGGUUGGUUUUGAGCGUAGCUGUUUUAUAACUUGUGAAGGACCUUUUCCGCACAUGACGGCCAAUGGGAAGGACCCGCAUGAUAUGUCUUUUUUCUUCCUUCAGUACAUGCAACGCGUACCUUUUAUGCAGUCCACUGCAGAGAGAGGCCUACCAAUAAAGCAGUUGCAGGAUGUUGGGUUGUUGUGUUGCACUGACGCUUUCAGUCACAUUGUAACUGACCCUGCUGAACGGGUGGUGGUGAUAUUCGGUCGUAACGGCCCUUAUUUUACGUCGCUCGUGAUAACGCCGUGUACCAUGCCAGAGAAAAAUGUAGUGGGAAAUAUUCAGCUGGCCAAUCAAAUUUCUUUACAAGAUCUGCAGAAACUUCUCGAUGCUUGCUGCCCCACACCUCUCGUAGACGAAAUCCGACUUGCUGGAACCUCUGCCGGUACGCUGCAGGGGAAGUUACACAUCGCUUGCCGCUACGGUAACCGUGUGGUUCAGUUUACCGCUGCAUCUGCUCUUACUGUCCGCAGUGCACGUGACAAUGAAGAUUUCAUUUUUUCCCUUGAAGGGGAUGUAUUGGCACAAAAGCGAAUCGUAUUUGAUGCAGCAACUAUAGACGCGUUGAUUUCUGGUAAAACACUUGAUGAAUUAUUUUCAUGUCCUGGCCCCCAAUGCAUGCGAGUCUCUUCACUUGUUCAACUAAUCCACAUGGAGGAUCUAACCGAAAUAUCACAUAAUCUCGGUAAUGGCGCCAGUAAUGGUGAUGUGACUCGGGAGAUUAAUUUAAAGGUGUCGGGCUCCAGGUUGUUAUUGAGCGCUGGUGAAGUUUCUGUCGUCUUCCACCACGCACAUUUAGGCGUUCAUUUUCCUAUAAACUCACAUCACGGUGUCAUUUGCGAACCGGUUUUAACAACCGAUCUCUGCCUCAUGUAUUAUCCUUUGGGUUCCACUGCUGCGUUGCCAAAUGCAAUGAUGCGUCGUGUGAGGCAGUUACCACCCACAUGGGAACGAUCAUUACACACAGAUGAUGCCCUCAGACACAAUGCACUGUUUCACUUUACGGAUUGGAUGAGAGGAAGUGUGCCAUGCAUUACCUGCGAUCUGAGCGGCUUCCGAUGCGCACAAUUAUAUGAGGAAAAGGACGGGAUGAGCUGUCGGACAUAUGUAGUCCCACUAGCGGAAGAAAUUAUGGUGCUCCGAUGGGAAACGUCAACAUGCGAUUGGGAACAGCACCUUCCGCAUCUGCAAAAAUUUAUCGACACACUCCACUUGGAGGUUCCAACAGCAUGA